AUGAUUAAACAACAGCAACCACAGCAACUUAAGGCACAAAACACCCAGGUCCCUCAGACCAUUACAUACGCCAUAUAUGCAUAUAAUUCAAAGACGGCAGAACAAACGCAAAGGUUGAAAUAUGGAGAUUUGGAGAUAGUAUUGAAAAAUGAACAUUUCGAAUUCGUUUGCAAAGGUGGUGCAGUGAUAUCAAAUAUAAAAGAAAUUUUAUUUAUGAAUUCAAAAAUAAAAGGAAUAACGGAUGAUAUAACAUCAAUUCCACCAGAAGAACAGAGAUAUUACGCAUUAAAUGCAUUUCCUAAAGUUUUGAAGAUUGGAAGAUUUAAUUUAAAUGAGGAAUUCAUAGAAGGUUUCCUAAAUGACAUAAUGAAGAAGGGCGAUAAGGAAUAUGUGGAUAGUGAGUUAAAUAAGAAGGCAAAUUUGGUUUAUGUUGAUGAAAAAGAUAAUGAAAUUAAAGAAAAGGUUGAAUGGUAUCAUGAAUGGACAUUUGAGACUUUUAAAGUUAAAGCUGAUACAGAAUGGGUUUCAGGAUGUUUAGACCUUAAAGCAGAUAAAACAUAUGUUGAUGAAAAUUAUGCAAAGAAGUCGGAAGUAAAUGAUGUGAUUACAAGCAUGAAAAAUGAAAUACUUCAAACAUUAUAUCCUGUUGGUUCUAUUUAUACAUCAAUGAACUCAACAAAUCCAUCAACAGUUUUAGGUUUUGGUAUGUGGAAGCAGAUUGUAGAUAAAUUCUUAUACUGUGCUAGAUAUUCAAAGCAAACAGGAGGUUCGAAGAAAAUUAAAGAAGCAAACCUUCCACCGCACACUCAUACAGGAACUACAAACACAACAGGUAAUCAUUCACAUUCAAUAACAAAAAGAGGUUAUACAAAUCUUGCAGCGGGUUCGGAUAGAUGGGGAAUGAAUAGAUAUGAUAUCACAACUGACCCAGUAGAUUCAAGCACAUGUAUUUUCUGUGGAACCGCAGGUAAUCAUUCACACACUUUCACAACAAAUCCAACAGGCUCGGGUAAAGAUUACAUGCCACCAUUUGUGACUGUAUUCGCAUGGUACCGCGUUCAUUGA